CCCUCUCUCCCUCUCUCCCUCUCUCCCUCAGCCUCUGUCCUCCUCUGUCUGCGGCUAGCCUACCUGCGAGGAAGUGCCACAAGCCCGGGCGAAGCAGCGGUGUGUCGGCGGGCCUCGGGCGCUGAUAUGCGGCGGUAGAAGGCCGCUGUUCUGCGGUGUUUACAGGGGAUGUAGACAGGGACACGGGCACCACUCGCCCCGACGGACCGCGCCGUGUCUGCUCUGCUCUGCCCAGCCCGCUGCAUCGCUGAGCGGCCUGCGAAGCACACAAGAUGUCCACCAGAACGCCAUUGCCCACGGUGAACGAGCGGGACACCGAGAACCAUUCGUCGGUGGAUGGCUUUGCGGAGCCCCCGGCCCCGCCCUCUAAGUCUGCGAGUCGCCACAGUCUCCCACGCUGUCGUAACUCUUUCACCUCGACCGAGGAGCACCCCCACAUCGGAAACUACCGCCUCCUCAAGACCAUCGGCAAAGGAAACUUUGCCAAAGUCAAGCUGGCCAGGCAUGUCCUCACCGGGAGAGAGCAUUCGUCGGUGGAUGGCUUUGCGGAGCCCCCGGCCCCGCCCUCUAAGUCUGCGAGUCGCCACAGUCUCCCACGCUGUCGUAACUCUUUCACCUCGACCGAGGAGCACCCCCACAUCGGAAACUACCGCCUCCUCAAGACCAUCGGCAAAGGAAACUUUGCCAAAGUCAAGCUGGCCAGGCAUGUCCUCACCGGGAGAGAGGUGGCUGUGAAGAUCAUAGACAAAACCCAGCUAAACCCCACCAGUCUACAGAAGCUCUUCAGGGAAGUCAGAAUAAUGAAGAUACUGAAUCAUCCAAAUAUAGUGAAAUUGUUUGAAGUGAUAGAGACGGAGAAGACACUUUAUCUGGUGAUGGAGUACGCCAGUGGUGGUGAAGUAUUUGACUACUUGGUGGCUCACGGCAGAAUGAAGGAGAAGGAGGCCCGGGCCAAGUUCAGACAAAUUGUCUCCGCAGUGCAGUAUUGCCACCAGAGGAGGAUAGUACAUCGUGACCUGAAGGCGGAGAAUCUGCUCUUAGAUGCAGACAUGAACAUAAAGAUUGCAGAUUUCGGCUUCAGUAAUGAGUUCACGGUGGGCAGUAAACUGGACACGUUCUGUGGCUCUCCUCCGUACGCUGCUCCAGAGCUGUUCCAGGGAAAAAAGUACGAUGGGCCCGAGGUGGACGUGUGGAGUCUGGGGGUCAUCCUCUACACACUGGUCAGCGGCUCUCUACCCUUCGACGGACAGAACCUCAAGGAGCUGAGGGAGAGGGUGCUGAGGGGCAAAUAUCGCAUCCCCUUCUAUAUGUCUACAGACUGUGAAAACCUGCUCAAGAAGCUGCUAGUACUCAACCCGGUCAAACGAGGCAGCCUAGAGCAAAUUAUGAAAGACCAUUGGAUGAAUGUGGGUCAUGAAGAGGAGGAGCUAAAGCCUUACAUCGAGCCGGAGGCGGACUUCGGCGAUACGUCCAGGAUAGAGCUGAUGGUGACAAUGGGCUUCCCUAAAGAUGAGAUCACGGACUCGCUCCAGAACCAGAAAUACGAUGACGUCAUGGCAACGUACCUGCUGCUGGGAAGGAAAGCUCCAGAGUUUGAGGGCAGUGAGCCUCUGACCAACAGCGUCCUGAGACAAAGACCGACGAGUGACAUCAACAACAGCUCCAGCAUCUCUCCCGCCCACCCCAAAGUCACACGCAGCAUCUCAGCCAAUCAGAAGCAGCGACGCUACAGUGAUCAUGGUGGGGAUGAGGAGGGAGGAGGAGGAGGAGGAGGGGGUGGUGUCGUAGAGAAGCCAAUGGGUCCAUCGGUGCCCCCUGCUGUCUCGUACACCAAACGGGGCCAGGCUCUUAGCGUGGAGAGUGACCACAGAGAGGAGUGGGACGGAGCGCGCAGACUGGAGCUCAGCACGUCCAAAGGAGAUGUGCCUGCCUCGCCACUAGGAGUGCAAGAGAGGAAGAAGACCACAAGUGCUGUAGGGACCAACGGAUCCAUGACUCGUAGAAAUACUUAUGUUUGUGAGCGUUCCUCAGAUAGAUACUCAGCUAUUCCCAAUGGCAAAGACAGCAGUUUGACUGAAGUCUCUGGCAGUACCCCCUCUACAGCCUUGAGCUCCACGCGGCCUCGUCACACCAAGUCCAUGUCCUCAUCGGGGCACCCCUCCAAGAGCACACUGCCCCCUAUUGACGACAACUCAGAGCUCAAAGCCAGUUCGUCCCCCCGUGGCCCCUCCACCUCCCCCUCCGCCCACAGCAUCAGUACCCCAGAGAAGAAUCGAUUCCCUAGGGGCACCACCAGCCGCAGCACCUUCCACGGCGCCCAGCUCAGAGACAGACGCAGCGCCACCUACAACGGGCCGCCCGCCUCGCCUACCCUGUCCCACGACACGGGGGCUCUGGCACAGCAGCGCAGGGGCACGUCCACGGGCAUCAUCAGCAAGAUCACCUCCAAGUUUGUGCGCAGGGUGCCUAGUGAAGGAGAGGCCAGUGCCAGGACAGACACCCCAAGGAGUGCGUCUGGCGACACCAAAGAGGAGGGCGGCGGGCGUGACUCCAAACCCCGCUCUCUGCGCUUCACCUGGAGCAUGAAGACCACCUCGUCCAUGGAGCCCGCCGACAUGAUGAGGGAGAUCCGCAAGGUCCUGGACGCCAACAGCUGUGACUACGAGCAACGCGAACGCUUCCUGCUCUUCUGUGUCCACGGCGACGCGCGCCAAGACAACCUGGUGCAGUGGGAGAUGGAGGUCUGCAAGCUCCCGCGGCUCUCUCUCAACGGGGUCAGGUUCAAGCGGAUAUCGGGCACGUCCAUCGCCUUCAAGAACAUCGCCUGUAAGAUCGCCAACGAGCUCAAGCUGUGACGGGCUGAGGCGGCGGGCGCGGGGUGGCGGCAGGUGAUGGCGGCAGGUGAUGGCAGGUGCGCGCGGGGGACUAGCUCUACGUCACUGGAUUUAGCGUAACAAGGAGAAAGAAAAGAAGUAGUGCUCGCCGGGUGCUUUGUGAGGUGGGAGGGUCUGCUGGCGGUUUCAAAAGGAAGUAGGAGGAUAGACAUGACAUACAUAGAUAAACAUAGAACAUUUCUUUGCUUUUGUCCCAAGAAAUUUGAAAGUAAGUGGUUGCUUAAAUCCAUCCAAAUUGAUAUAUUAAAGGCCCCAUUUACAUUAUUUUCUGAUCCAUGUAAUAAUGUUGUUUCCUCAUCAAAAACAUACCAGGAGUUUUGUUUCAUUCACACAUGUUUAACACACAAACCCUGCUUAUUUAGGCUGAGUUCUUCUCUCAAACAGAAAACAUCUUGUGAUGUCAUGUUGUAAUACAGGAAGUGUUUUACCAUUUUUUUAAUGGCAUACACGUUCACUAGAAUAAUUUGAAUAAUUUCAGACCUGGAAUUGACCAUUGUUACUGAACUAAAGGUAAAAGGUGGCUGUUAACUACCUUUUUUAACUUUAAAGCAGUAGUUAUCUAGCCAGGCUGGCGCCACCUAGUGCCUCCACUCAAUUUCAUUUCUCUCCAGUGACUAGGUCAGGAAUCGAAAUAGACGUUUUGCAAAAACCCCGGAAGAGCCAAUCAGCGAAGAGCCAUACAUUCUGUGUUGUCAACAAUUCCUGAGAUCGAGGAUUUAAAGCCAGAAUAAAGAGAAUGUUUGGUGAAUUUUAUCAAGGGGAAAGAUGUUAUUGUCCUUCUUUCUACGGGAUUUGGGUAAAGCUUAAUAUACCAGUUAGCCCCAUUAGCGGUGCAUUACAUACAUGACAACCAAAUAGCAGCGAUUGGUUAAAUGAUAAAAAGUACCUGACAACCGCUGAGCGAACAAAUUCUAACACUGCGAGGUCAGACGAUUUCUACGAAGUGAAACUGGCUGAUGAAUCAGGCUAUUAAUUAUCAAGUUACCAGCUACCUUUUAUCAUUAGUUUAGUAGAGAUUGGAAAUUACAGAUCUUAAAUGAUUCUAGUGAAAGUGUAUGGCUUUAAAAGCACUUCCUAUAUAUUACCACAUGACACGACAAGGUGGAAGAGAGUAUUUUGAGCUUUGGUGAUGUAGACAGACUAAAAAUAAAGGAUCACUUAAAAACAAGACACAGGUCCAGGUAUGUUUUUGAAGACUUAACAAUAUUCUAACAUGGCUUAAAGCUCAUAAUUUUGCGUCAUAAUAUAUUAUCGCAAAGCUCCCAUACAAUUUGACCACGUAACCCACACACUGAAAAACCACCGCCGCAGACGUGCCAAAUAAAACGCCCGGCGAGCUCAUCUCAGCACUGAAGCUCCUCCACGCACACGCAGACUUCAGCUCGUGCAAUACCGGCCACGAAUGUACUGUAAAGAAGACGGUAACUCUGUGUGAGAGGACCCAACCACUCCCCCCUCCUCCUCCUCCUCUUCUUCUUCUUCCUCCACCGCCAACCACACAACAACCGCCCCCCUUCAACCGCCCCCUCCUCUUCCUCCUCCUCAUCUACACAUGCAGUAUGCAACUCCAACCACGGCCCAUUCCGCAAUAAGGAUUUCAGACGGACAUUUUGUUUUUUUUUCGAAAAGCGCUCUCUCUAUCUCUCCUCUCGCUGAGUAACCAUUAAAAGUACUAAAUUAGCCGCUUUUUUCACAGUCUGUGGUAAGUAUAUAGAUCAGGCUGGAGCCCCCAUACUAAAACUAUGUAAAAAGAGAAGUGUACUGUAUGCAUUAACAUCUGCAGGUACUGUAAUUGUAUAUUGGUUUGCGUUAUGUACAGAAAUCAUUGUCAAUAUUUGUUAAUGUUUUUUUCCUAAUAUUGUUGAUGUCUCUUAUCCUUUUUGGUCUGUGAGUUUUAAAAUUUUUUUUUUUUUUUUUUUUUUUUAAAGAGCCACCACAUGGAAAUAGUGUUUUCAAUUUUAUUUAAAGAGCACUAAGUUAUUUUGUGAAAGAUGAAGCCUUUUCGUUGACUUUGUUUGCCUAUAGAGAAAAACACUACAUUGCACCGUAUAGACUGAUCAGUGGGAUGGGUUGAGCGGUCACUUUAUGUUGUUCUUCUCGGCGCUGGGCCCACUGGAAUUGCACAAGUUUUCCAGGUGAAGCGCACGGACGUGAGGACGCGACCAUGUUUUCUCUUAUGUUUAAUUAAAUCCUCAAUGACACAGAGAAAAUGGGCCAAUCCAGUCUGCUGUAUAAGGACCCCCUAAUAAAAAAUAAAAAAAACAUUUAAAGAACAUAUGACAAGUUUUGAAUGUUUUUCUAAUUAUGACUUGGUUUGGUGGGUUAGUACCAGGGCAGUAGAUGAGACGAGGACAAAAGGGUCAGUAGUCCCGGGCCCCAGGGGCUUCGAAUUGGACCCUGUUCCUAUUCAUUUAUAUUAGCAGAGGGCUCGUGUGAUGUGUCUUGCCCGGGUUCCCCAAAUUUCUGUGAACGGUCCUGGAAAGUACCAUAGACUGUACAUAUAAUUGGACAUAGCUAAGAUACUAUCCACAGCAUGGAGGCGCUUCUGGCUCCAUCAUCUGUUUUUAAUUGACUUUACAUUGAAAAAAGAUCACCCCUCUUUUUGUAACUGCUGCUGUGAGCCUCGUCAUUUUGGUUUUAAAAAGUUUGUGUUAACCCGUUCUACAUGAAUCUGAUGUUAUUUCACUAUUUUGCCUGUAAAUAAAUUCCUAUUCCUAGUAGGGAACUGGCUCCAAAUUCACUUCUAUAAUUACAAGCCUCAGUGAGCUUCAUUUGACUGGAGCUGAAUGCUUUGGGUGAUGUUACACUCCUUUAGUCCUUUUUUUUUUUUUUUUUUUUUUACAAAGUCUGAUUUUUAAAGGAUCUGACUCUUGAAAAUGCACCAUGACAGAGAAUCACGUGUCUGAGAUUGUUUCAAGCAGUUUGUUUCUCAUGAUUCUUAGCAACAAUGUUUCUGAUUGGACAAAAAACCUGCCAGUAGCUUCUGUAUUCGUUAUUAAACAAGAAAAUGCUAUGUAAAAUGAAUAGAUUAUAUUUUAGUUCAUUUUUUACCUUAUUUAGCACCUUUUACGACACAAUGCACGUGAUGUGAAGAGCGUUUAUUUGACAAGAAUACAUUAAAAUCCAGUGCAGGCCCUUUCUGUUAUCAGAUGAGUGAGUGGAGUGGUUGGGGAGGUUUGGCUGGAGUCCUUGUAAACAGACUGGUUUGGCCCUGGCCCAUGCAGCGUGACUGUGCAGGUACUGGUGUAUCCUCACUCGUGUUCAUUCUAUAAUUUCAGACAGUUUUCUUGUAUUUAUUCCAUGACAUUGUAACGUGCUGCUUUGUAGAACUGAGGCGUGCACUUUGUCGGAGAAAAUAAAAGGAUUUUAUUUGUUUGUA